AUGGUUAGCUAUCGCAUUGUCGCUACUGCCGGCCUUGUAGCCUCGGUCUACGCCCUUCCUUUGAACAUCAACCUCGGUGCCUACUCUCCUGCUUUGGUAGUAGGUGAUGGUGAGAUAUCUUUCGGAGGAGGCCAGGAUGUAUCACAACUAUUCAAUACACUUGAGGGAGCUGCCGUGAACGCUGCUACCGGUAAAUCCAACACUGGCGCUGCCCAAGCUGCCGCUCCUGCUGUAGCCGCUCCGGCGACUGCGGUUCCGGCCGCCGCUCCUGUUGCUGCUGCGAGCAUCACUACUGCUCCCGCUGCCGCUGUCGUCGCCGAGGAGAGUACCAAGGAUGCCACGGCUGUGGCCGCAAACCCUGCGUCUGACUCGACACUUUCCGAGCAGGCCGCUUCUAUCUCUACCCUCCAAGGAAUGGGUAAGGAGAUUGCUCCCCGAGAGGGUGAAUCCCCCGUCGCCAAGCGUGACCUCCAAGGAUUCGACCGCGCUCUACAGUACGCCGAGAAUGCCUUGACCAAGGGACCCGUUAUUCAACUCGGAACUGGUGAGGGUGGUGCUGGCGUCGGCAUCAUUGUCGACAACAGACCCACUACUGCUGCCGCCGCUGGUACUGCGGGUGCUGCUCGGCCUGCUGCUGCCGGCAAGCGCGAUGAGACUUCUGCCUCGCAACCUCGCCGCCGAACAAAGAUCACCACUAUGUAUGUUCGCCGUGGUGUUCCAACUGCCAUGCAGUCAUCUGAUCUCGAGACCCGUGACAUCAAGUCAUUCGUAGUUCCAGCUGCAGAGUCUCUUAACACGGAGAAGCGGGAAGUGACUGCCGAGGAGAAGCGAGAGAGCACAUCGGCCCUCGACGCCAUCAACUUGAAUGUCGACGACCCUCAAGGUAUCACCAUGACCUUUGUCGAGACCUCUGAUGAUGACGACGAAGAAUGA